GUGGCGUUUUUAUGACGAUCUGAAAAUGGCGGCGAAUGAUCUACUACAUUAACUUUGUCGUGAAUUCACACAGUGGAGCUCUCUAAAUAAUGCUUACGUUCACUUAGAAUAGUAAAGUUACUAUACGAGUCUAGUCGGAGUGCACAUUUUAAUGGUAAAAAUACACGAGGACUGUUUUAACCGUUGGAUUUUCCCCACUGUGAACCCGAGUUUAAGUCUUGUGGAAAUAUGGUUUUAUUUGAAACUUGAAUCAGGAUUAGCGUAUGUUACUCGAUAAAUAUACGCUAAUUUCUCGCCUCACUCUGUAUGGUUGACUGAAAUAUUAGACGUUGUACAUAUAAGCCGUAUGUAUCAGUAAUAUCCCAUAUAGCUUUGUAAUUUUUAAUAUUUUUACGACGACCGUGUUUCUGGUCUAGUUAGCUGGUGCUCGUUCACGAACGUUAUCCUCAGCAGCGCUUAGCUCGACAACAUAGCUUUCAUUGUGGGUUUAAUAACCUGCUGUUUUUUUCAUGUUAGUGUGAGAUUAUUAUACAAUAGUUUUGUAGUAUUUAAAAGCACGUUGAAAUCGUUAAACACGCUUAUGUGCGAACGAACCUGCUGACGAGUUCGUAACUAUUUGAAAACGGUGAUCUUUUUUAAUAUGCAGCAAGUUUUCAUGUAACGUAGCGUUACUUUGAUUAAACGGACACCGUUAUAAAGAGACCAACACAGUUGGGGCGGUUGUUUCUAACGCGAUAAACUGACAGAAGCGCGUUUCUUGGCUCGCCGCUUGCACAGGCGGGCUGCGCGCGACUCUUCAUCCUGACAAUGGACGAUCUCAAGCCGCGUUACAGCAAGAGACUGCGGUCUGGCACACGGCGGCGUUACCAAGACGAUGGCAUUUCCGACGACGAAAUCGAUGGAAAGAGGACUUUCGAUCUGGAGGAGAAGCUUCACAACAGCCGCUUCAACUCGGACAGAAUCAAACGCAUGGAGGGCAAAGACCUCACAUAUGAGUACAUUCAGAGAUGUGGACUCCGGGACCCCAUCAUUUUUGAGAGACCUGAUGGACUUGGCAUGAAAAUGCCAGAUCCAGACUUCAGUGUAAAUGAUGUGAAGUUGUUUGUAGGAAGUCGGCGUAUGAUUGACGUGAUGGAUGUGGCUACUCAGAAGGGGACGGAGAUGUCAAUGGCGCAAUGGAGACGCUACUAUGAGACUCCUCCCUCUCAGAGAGAGAAACUUUAUAAUGUUAUCAGCCUUGAAUUUAGCCACACUAAACUAGAGAGCCUUGUCAAAAGACCUGCCACGGUGGACAUGAUUGACUGGGUGGACAACAUGUGGCCACGACACUUAAAAGAAAGACAAAGAGAUUCUACAAACACUAUCACGGAGAUGCAAUACCCCAAAGUGCAGAAGUACUGCCUAAUGAGUGUGCAGGGCUGUUACACAGAUUUCCACAUAGACUUUGGAGGCACAUCUGUGUGGUACCACAUACUGUGGGGCUGCAAGGUGUUUUGGUUAAUCCCACCCACGCCACAAAACCUGGAGCUUUAUGAGAACUGGGUCUUGUCAGGGAAACAAGGCGACAUCUUCCUUGGUGACAAGGCCACUGAUUGCCAGAGGAUUGAGCUCAAGCAGGGUUACACAUUCAUUAUUCCAUCAGGUUGGAUCCAUGCAGUGUAUACUCCAGUAGACACACUUGUGUUUGGUGGGAACUUUCUACAUAGUUUCAACAUCCACAUGCAACUGCACAUCUCCAGCAUUGAGGACAGGACACGGGUAAGUCCAGCAUUUUCUGCAACCACCAUUUUCUUGUAUAAC